CAAAAAGGGAGAGAAAGUGUUGAUUACAGCGUCUGCCGGCGGAACCGGUCAUAUAGGCGUCCAAUGGGCCAAACAGAAGGGCGCGUAUGUCAUAGGAAUGACAUCAUCUGAUGAGAAGGCAAAACUGCUGAAAGAGUUGGGAACCGAUCGAGUGAUCAAUUAUAAGACCGAGAAUUUGGAUGAAGUGCUCACUAAAGAGUUUCCGAAUGGUGUGGAUGUGAUUUGGGAGACAAUUGGUGGGGAAGUAUUUAAGACCCUAUUCAAGCAUUUGGCA